CCUCGACCGAGGAGGCCUACACGCUCGGGUACAGAAGAUUCUGAAAAGGGCCCUGCACUGGCUGUUGUCAUGUCUGCAUUCCAGAGCGCAGCUCGGAAGAAGACUGUCGAUACUUACGGAGACGAUGAGUGGGAGAGAGAGCGUCAGCAGGAAGUUGAAGCUGAGCGGCAAAGGCAGAAGAGAAUCAUGGACAAGGUCCCCGGCAGACGGGCGAAUGGCAAAGCGAAAGCAGGAGAUAUUGAUGCUAUCCUGGAACAAAUCAAGGACGAGUGGGAGUUCGUCAUUGACUCGGAAUUCAACCCAAUUGACCUUGCCCUACAACUAAUCGAUGAUUCAAACUCAGGAAAAGACAUCGGGUCCUUUCGGCGCACAAAAUCCAUGCUGUCGAAGACCUUGAAAGGCUCCGUUGACAAACACUAUCAAGCAUUUGCGGCGUCUCUUCCUCAUCAUGCAUCUUUAUUGAAUCAUCUCGGGACAACACAAACACAGAUCAGAGGAGCUCGCGGUUCGCUUUUAGAGGCUAAAGAAGCCCUAGGUAGCAAGCGAGCUGAUCUGGUUCAAAUGUGGACAAGAGGACAAACUUUGGAAGAAAUGAUUCGCCUACUAGAUCAGAUUGAACACCUAAAACUAGUUCCCGACGUUUUAGAGAGUCUCAUGUCUGAGAAACGGCUGUUGCAGGCUUCUGUCCUCUUGAUCCGAAGUCUCAAAAUGAUUAACAAUCAGGACAUGCUUGAUAUUGGCGCUGUCGCGGAUUUGCGGAGCUACCUGAACGGCCAGGAAACGGCGCUGCGUGAAAUUCUCAUAGACGAGCUUCAUAGCCAUCUGUAUUUGAAAUCAUUUUGGUGUGACAGCCGCUGGGUUGCGUAUACUGCCCAUCAACAAACCAGUGCGUUCAUUGGGGAUGAACCUCUUCCUUCUGACACCGUGCCGCAACCACCGACGCCAACGACACCUGUCACACCUACAUCUCCUACAUCUCGACCCUCCCGUCUAUCUCGUUAUCUUCAUGACCUUGCCCUUCGCCCAAACAAUCCGCCCGAUGAUGUCGAUGAGCAAGGCUUCCGGCAAAGCGUGUCAUUUUCUCCUGCAGGACUUUCCGUAAGCACCUCUACAUCAAAUUUGACGACGGGAAAUGGCAGUUCACAAACGCAGAGCAGAAACCCGGAAACUGACUCAUUUGCUUACAUCGAAACAUUGCUUGAGUCUCUCGCGGUACUUGGAAAACUAGGCAGUGGUCUUGACGUUGUCGCACAACGUUUGCCAAGUGAAAUCUUCACACUCAUCGAGAAUACAAUCGAAGAGGUCGGCGAGCGCGCUGAGUAUGGGCGGCGCACAUCGAUGCUGAUCAACAGUACCACAAGCACCACUGCGAAGCUACAUUCUGCGUACAUGGUCGCGCCGACAUCGGCGCCCGACGGUACAGGCAUCGGAUCUGUGGGGACGAUGUUUGGUUUUGCGUCCGGUUCUAUCAAUGGUACGACAUUAAGCGCCCUGAGACUGAGACUCACGGCCCUUGAAUCGUCUUCGCAACACGUUGAUCAUGAGAUUUUACGGGACUUGUUCUGGACGUUGUACUCAAAACUGGACGCCGUCACGCAGGGCUUGCGAGUAGUGUACGAGGUUGCAAACCGUAUUGGAUCGCGACGAGAUUUCAAGGAUUCUUCUGGAACCAAGCCGGGUGCCCUCUUUCCGUUAGCAGAAGUAUGGAUGCCCGUUCAAGCAGAGGUUCGAACAAUCUUGAAUGACUACUUGACGAAUGAAGAGCAAGGCGCAAUGUCUGGAAGGAACCCCAUAUCUUCAAUCAAUGAUGUAUUGCGCGAAGGAAAGUUUACUAGGGAUAAAACCAAGAAUGUCUUCCGGUUCGCCGAUACGGACCCCAAACUCUCCAACAAAGCACUACGCUCGCAUGAGGACGAGCUCAACCGAGUUUUGAGAGACACGGUCCCUGGGCUAGUACAAGGCUCCUCUGAAUCUACCGUGCAAGCGACGUUAUCUACCGUAGGGACAGAUGAACGACUUCUGGGUAUGGAUCAGCAUCACCGUCUGCUCAUCAAACCCGACGCUUUCCACGUAAGCGUGUUGUUUCAACCGACUCUCGCGUUCUUGGAUCGCAUUGCGGAAGUGUUACCGUCUGGCUUAGAGUCGGCAAGAGCAUCUAGUGCUAUAUUGGAUGAUUUCGUUCUCAAGGUGUAUUUACCUCAACUGGAAGACAAGGUCUCGCUGCUGUUCCAUCAUGCCGUCACUGGCCCUGAAGCCUUCCAACCCGAUCCCGCUUCAGCAUGGCUGUCGUCAGAACCCUUGGUCAACGCGAGCACUCAACUCAUGUCUUUGAUCAACUCUCUCUGCGCCAUGCUUCGCACUACGCCGUUUCACCGGGAGAAUUAUGCACGACUAAUCCUCACUGUCGUCAUUCAAUUUUACCAGCGCUGUAGUGACCGUUUCCAAGCUUUGGUAGCUCCACUUGGUUCGGGAGAAAUGGACGAAGAACCUCGGAUCGCAUUAGCAUCUAAAUGGGCACAAUCAUCAGAACUCAUACCAUGUUUGACAGAGCUAUACAAGUCAUUGGAUGACAAACCAGAUGGGAGGCGAAAUAUCUGUCGUCGGGAAGGCCGUAUCGAGUCGCACCUGCUGGGUGACAGCAUUAUUGCCAAGGAUGACUUGGUUCACCCACUGCGGAAUCUUUCUGCGUUGGGGAACCUAUAUCGCAGCGUAGCCUGGUUCGCCGCCUCUCUAAAUCAAUUGAAAGCUGCUUCCGUGGAAAGUCUGUCACCGACAACGCCAAAGCUCGAUUCUCUCGCCGCACCAACACCCUAUACCCCUUAUCUACCUUUCGUCCUCCCUAUUUCCGCAGGUGAACAGUUGCAGCUACCACUGUCGAGGGAAAUGGCAAUGCGAUUCCAUGCAUUGUUGAAAACUUACGAGCAGCUAGCAGAACUGAUUCUGUACACUAUUCGCGUGGACACCCGAUGUCGAGCGGGACAUUACUUAGACCAGGCAUUUCGACAUGGCAAUUAUCGCAUACACCGAGAAGUGGGCGAACCCGAUCCGCACAUCAUCGACCUCAAUAUAGAGCUUGGAGAGUGUGAUGACAUCAUUUCGACUACGCUCCCGCCUAGGGAGCAGCGGUUUGUCUUCGAAGGCAUAGGCUUGUUGAUGGAGGACCUGUUGAUCUCUAACGCUCGGAAAAUGCCGUUCGCAAACGCGCUUGGGAUCAAGAAAAUCAGCCGAAACAUGCUUGCUCUACAGCAAUGCAUCAAGACUAUCGCACGCGACUCACAAGACACAGAAUUUGAGCGAGCCAAACAAUAUUACGCUUUAUUCUCCUUGAACCCAGCAGAAAUGCUGGAUAGCAUUCGCAAAAAGCAAGUUUUCACCUUCGACGAGUACAAAGCCAUGCUCGAUUUACAGUGUGGUGUCGAUCAAAGUAACCGUAACGGUGCCCCACAAGCUACAGACAGGAAUUACAGCAUGUAUGUCAUAGACUUGCAUGGGCUGGAAUUAGGAGAAGACGGAGAUGAGGGGUCAUGAUGGUCUUCCAAAACCAUUACAGCUCAUAUUUAUCAACACUUGCAUAUCUGGUUUGACGGAACAGAACUACUUUGAUUGUGGUGUAAUUUUUGCGCUAUGUUUAUGUGGCCGGCCCCGCUCUAGCCAUGCGAUAUCGACUACAUCAGCUUCUGGUAAGCUGUGGGGGGCGCGGGAAUUUGUCGAGAGAAGGUUGGGAGCCAGAGCCACAUGAUACCUGCCUUUCCGAUUGGGUUCGCUCGCGGAUUUGUCGGCUGGAGGAGUGUACUUGAGAAUUGGGAUGCUCCGUAGAAACUCUCGAUAUCGCCGCCGAAGAUAUCUAUUCGGAGCAGGAGGUGUUGUGGGUUCUCGUGGAGAAUCAUUGUCACUCUCGAGGCCGUUAAUUGUUUGGCGUUGUCUCCGAGGCUUGGGAGGGCUUUGCCCAACGGGACCAGCCAAGAUCUGUAAUUCUCGGAAGACACCCGCUCCCUGCAAACCGAUACCUCGAAUACCAGCACGUUUCACAUCAUCCCAGCCCGUAGACUCUGCAGUACUGCCCUG